AUGUCGACGUAUUACCACGGCGCCCUCAAGGUAGAAUGCUUCAUCAAUCCCCAGUCACAAGCACGCUGGCAUCUUGCAGCCCCUGCCUCUGGACUUCACCUUGCAUCUACACGGGAUGACUCUCCUUUACCACCGCCUUCCUCUGAAUCUUCCUGGCUCACUGUCAAUAAGAGGGGCAGAGGAUACCUGAUGUGUCUUGCUUCUGGAAAACAAAUCCGAUUGAAGCGCAGAAACUUUUGUUUUUCAACUCAUCAGAGAUUAUCUUUCAAUUAUGCUGCUUCUGAAAAAUACCUCGAAGGUCGGGAACUUUCGGGAAAAUACAUAUGGAAAUACCAGAAAACGACAAUGCAAUACUUUUUAACGAAAAAGGGCGAGCUGCGAGUGUACGCUAUGAUGGCUUUCGAUCCGAAUUGUUUCAACGGGGUUUCUGGCAAAUUUCACAUGUAUGACAAGUGUAAUGUUGUCACGUCAGAAGAACCCUCUGAAAAUGCUGAAGGGGAAUUGGACACUUUCAUCUAUUUAUCGAUUCUUGAGCUGCUUCUUUAUCAAGAGAACAAGACAUUGGGGUUCCACGCGGGCGACAAAACAAGAGAAGACGAUGUGAUGGAUUGUGGAUGUGUGUGUCAUUGCAUUCCUGGGAAGUGUACUUGGACCAAGUUCGGGGCGAAAAUGAAGGACAUGUUCAAUGUUACAGUCAGGGAAGUGAAUGAAGACGAGAAAGACUUGCCCACUUACUCGUCCUAG